AAGUUCUGUCUUAAACCCCAAACCCCAGCCAUGUUCUCAGCGGUGCUCCUCCUACGCUCCAAAACCCAUUCGAUUCUCCGAACUCAAAUUUUCACCCGAGCCAUGGGAGGCGGUCCUCGGACCUUCCCCGGCGGCUUGAACAAGUGGCAAUGGAAGCGCCUCCACGAGAAAAAAGCCAAGGAGAAAGAGAAAAGACUCCUCGACCAAGAGAAGCAACUUUACCAAGCCAGAAUCCGAUCCCAAAUCCGCGCCAAACUAGCCGGGAGACCCGACCCGAGUUGCGAUCCAACACAAUAUAGCCCCAUGAGCCCCAACGACCACAUCAAAGCCCUGGCUGAUCGGUUCAUGAAAGAAGGGGCGGAGGACUUGUGGAACGAACACGACGGUCCGUUGAACUCAGAGGAACAAGAACGGCCACGAUCCGUUGAAACGGCUAGAAAUCCACGGUCAGGAUUAAUUCAUUCGCCGCUUAAUAUAAAGAAACUGCUAUCUGAUAGUCGAAGAGAAAAUGAGAAACCAAGCGGUGUAAAUAAUAGUCAAUUUAUUAAGAGUAGGAGCUAUUCAGUUCAGGCUAACGGAAAAUUCAAGGUAAACGAGAGUUCUUUUGCUGGGAUUCAGUCAUAUUUCGGUUCAAAGGAUGAGUAUUUGAAGCAUUCAGGGCGUAAUAAUAUAUCUCGGGUGAGGCUUGGGAAGAAUGAGACUUCUUCUAAUCAACAUGAAUCUGAUUCCGUGUCGGAUAAUAAUUCAUUGAAGCGUUUUGGGCCUGGUGGUAAAGGCGAGAAGGUGAGUUUUCAGAAUAAUGGGAAGUUUAUAAAGAGUAGGAACCGUAUGGAGAGGAUGAGGUUUAGGAGGAACGAGAGCUCAUCGAGUGAUGAUGAAUCGGAUUUGGAAUUGGAAGAUGAAGUGGAAGGUGUUGGGGGUUGGAGGGAUGUUAAGAAGUCAGGGAGUAGUGCAUCGUUGGGAAAGUAUGAUGUGAAGAUAAAACGGAGAGUUCCGUUGAAGGAACUAGAGAAGGAGAUGGAUUUUUCGGAGCAAGUGCAGUUGCUUAGGCAGGAGUUGGAAAAGAAGAAGUUGGCUGAAAUUGAAAAGAAAAUGGGGGAGGGAGAACCAAUUUAUAGUAAAAAAAGAUUUGAUGAAUGUGGUAUAUCCCCAUGGACAGUCAAGGCACUUUCUGCAGCGGGAUAUUUUCUGAUGACUCGAGUACAGGAGGCAACACUUUCUGUUUGCCUUGAGGCAGGCAAAGAUGCUUUGGUCAAAGCUAAAACUGGCACAGGAAAGACUGCAGCUUUUCUGCUUCCUGCAAUUGAAACAGUUUUGAAGGCCGCUAGUACUAGUACCGUUCAGCGGGUGCCUCCGGUUUUUGUUCUCAUUCUUUGCCCCACAAGAGAACUUGCAAGUCAGCUAGCUGCAGAAGCAAAUGCUCUGCUGAAGUAUCAUAAUGGCAUAGGAGUCCAGACUCUAGUUGGAGGUACGCGUUUCAAAGUUGAUCAGAAACGUCUCGAAUCAGAACCAUGCCAGAUAAUUGUUGCAACACCUGGGAGAUUGCUGGAUCAUGUUGAGAACAAGUCUACCUUGUCUGUGCGAUUGAUGGGAUUGAAAAUGCUUAUACUUGAUGAAGCUGACCACUUAUUAGACUUGGGAUUUCGGAAAGAUGUUGAGAAAAUUGUUGAUUGUUUGCCCCGUCAAAGGCAGUCAUUGUUGUUUUCUGCAACAAUUCCAAAAGAGGUUCGUCGUAUAUCUCAGCUUGUUUUGAAGAGGGAACAUGCUUUCAUUGAUACAGUGGGUCUAGGCUGUGUAGAAACUCAUGACAAGGUUAAGCAAUCUAUUCUUGUUGCACCACAUGAAUUGCAUUUUCAGAUAGUUCACCAGCUUUUAAAGAAGCAUAUAUCUGUAGCACCCGAGUACAAGGUCAUUGUUUUCUGUACAACUGGGAUGGUAACAUCACUGAUGUAUUUGCUUCUUCGAGAAAUGAAAAUGAAUGUCAGGGAGAUCCAUUCCAGAAAACCUCAAAUUUACCGAACUCGUAUCUCUGAUGAAUUCAGGGACUCUAAGAGGUUAAUUCUUGUUACAUCUGAUGUUUCGGCACGAGGAAUGGAUUAUCCUGAUGUCACUUUGGUUAUUCAGGUGGGAAUUCCUUCUGACCGAGAGCAAUAUAUACACCGACUAGGAAGGACAGGACGGGAAGGCAAGGAUGGAGAAGGUAUCUUAUUGAUAGCUCCAUGGGAAGAGUAUUUCUUGGAUGAAAUUAAGGACUUGCCUCUUGAGAAAAUCUCUUUACCAGAUAUGGAUCCAGAUGUCAAACAGAAGUUGGAGUUUUCAAUGGCAAAGAUUGAUGGGAAUGUCAAAGAAGCAGCAUAUCAUGCUUGGCUUGGUUAUUAUAACUCGAUCAGAGAAAUUGGGCGGGAUAAAACUACACUUGUUGAUCUGGCCAACCAGUUUUCCCAAUCAAUUGGCUUGCAAAGACCUCCAUCUCUCUUCAGGAAGACCGCUUUAAAAAUGGGUUUGAAAGAUAUACCUGGAAUUCGAAUCAGAAAAUAGCAGUAAUCAAACUAGAUUUAUGCAAAUGGUUGAGGGUGAAGAUUGCAGACCAAGAACACAGACAACAGUUACUGUCUGGAUACUGGUACGAGGAACAUACGAGACUAGCUCUUGCCUCUUUUCCCUCUUGGUACGACUUUCUUCUCACAUUUGUACUUGCACUGAACACUCAAUCCAUUGGAUUCUUUAUUUUGUGCAUCAAAAAGUUAAUUUCUGCUUAUAA